CGGCACCUUUCGUAAGCAGAUAGAUAUGAGAGGGCAUCCGCACACUGUAUCUUUCGUGCUCAUCGCCUCUGAGAGCGUAGUCUAAACACCUUUCAGCCCUUGCCACGCACGCAACAUGGGGAGCCCGAACGAAACCCUCAAACCUGACACCCCAGGCACACCCGCCCGACGGUCGCCAAGUCCCAUGGCGCCGAGCCCCCGGGCCCCGGAGAACACCGACGAUGCCAGCGCAGCCGGGAAGCGGACACCCGACAUUGCGUAUAGGAUCAAGACGCCAGGCCAGGCGCUGCACGACGCCAUCACGCGCAAGGACCUCAACGGCGUCACGCGGAUCCUCCGCGCCUCGCCAGACAUCGUCGACGCGAAGAACGAGCGGGGCCGGACGGCCCUGCACGUCGCCGCGCAGCUCGGCCACAACGAGAUCGUGAGGCUGCUCGUCGCCAAGGGGGCGGUGGUCGACGCCCGCUCGUGGUGGAAGUACACGCCGCUGCACUUCGCCACGGAGGCGGCGCGCCGCGACGUCGUGGUGACGCUCCUGGACGCCGGGGCGGACGUGCACGCCGCGACGAAGGACGGGCUGACGCCGCUCCACAUGGCUGCCGCGAAGGAGGGCGGCAGCAGCACGGAUCUGCUCAUCACGCUGCUGACGCGCGGUGCGUACUGCAACACCAUGGACAACGGGGCCUCCACGCCCUUGCAGAUUGCCGUGGCGAUGGGGCAUCCCUCGAACGCGCGGGUGCUGUGUGCUUUUCGUGCGGAUCCGCAUUUCAAGAACAAGAACGGCAAUGAUGCGUUUGAUUAUGCUACACGGCUGGGAGAUUUAGGGGGUCGCGGGGGAGAAAUGGCUCGCGUCAUGGACGAGUGGAAGGGCUGCGGGAAGCAGACGCGCAACUUGAAGAUCCUGCCGCGCUUGGCAAAGUUCAUCACGAAUGAAGGCCGGGUGGAUGCAUCGGAGAUGUUAUCGUGGGUCUCGGGGAACGGAUACGCGAUGCUCGUGCGGUUCGUUCUGGAACAUAUCGCCAAGGAUUCUCCAGAAAUCGUCGACUCCCGGGGCUCCAAGACGGGCUGGAGGCCUAUUCACCACGCGGCAUGGGCAGGUCAAAGUGAUGUCUGCGAGGUGCUCCUUGCCCACGGAGCGACCGUCGACGCCGAAACUGUUACGAGCAAAUGGACACCGUUGCACCUGGCUGCAUGGAAAGGCAGGCAGAGGACCUUGAGAGUCCUCCUAGACCACGGGGCGGACAUUCUUGCUACUGCUGAGCUCACACCGCCUUGGAGGGUUGAAAUUGACUCCGAGUCCCCCAUAUUGCUCACGAGCGUCACUUCUUUUUGGCUUGCAGCUGGUGGACGACACCCAAAGAGUUUGGACGUCUUGCAGGAAUUCGCUCUCCAAAUCCCAAAUGGUAAGAGGCACAUUGCGGCUAUGGACGACUAUACCAAGGCUCGGCAUCACCUUGCUACUCUCCUCGGACAAGCAGACGACAGCCAUUCCGGUAAGAGCAACAAUAAUAGCAAAGGAUCUGAGCCCCAGGCUCAAGCAGUUCGAUCUUCACCAUCUCCCCCCUCAGAAGUUGAUGUGCCUGGCACGAGUGGCUCAUUCGAUGGCGCCUUAUUUUCUGUUUCGUCCACUAGUUCCCAGCUGUCACAUUCACCCACCUACCAAAUUCUCCUCAAGGUCUGGGAUAACUUCGACUUCAAGAAAGGCCGCGACGAGCCGAUCAAGAUAGCUGUCCUGGAUACUGGACUUGAUGUAAAACACCCGAACUUUUUAAACCCAAGGCUGACUGGCUUCGAAGGUGGAAAGCCAGUGUGGGCGAAGAAGCCAGAGCCAUCUCAGUAUGAAAGGAUCAAGGCCUGUGCGGACUUUACAGGCGACGGCCUGGUAGAGAGCAAGGACGAUAUGAUUGAUCUCAACGGGCAUGGCACUCAGGUGACCGAGCUGAUCCUAAGGCUUGCCCCAAGGUCGGACCUAUACAUAGCUCGCAUAUGCACAGGUGAGGUCGGUAGCGGGACACACACGCCAACAAACAGUACGAUCAAGCACCCCCGACCGGACAUAGUCGCGAGGGCCAUCGACUGGGCCAUAGCGCAGGAAGUGGACAUAAUCAACAUGUCGUUCGGCUUCCGAGAAAUCAACGAGACACUAAAGGCAGCGCUGAUAAGGGCGACCAACUCGAAGAUACUCGUGUUCGCGGCCAUGUCCAACGACGGCAACAACAGCGAGCGCGCCGCCUGGCCGGCGCGGGACCAGGAUCGUGCGAUUGGGGUGCACUCCUGCGACAAGUACGGGAAGAGGGCGUCAGGCUUCACGCCGCCGUCCGUGGACGGCUCCCACAACUUCAUGUUUGUCGGCGAGGAGGUCAUCACCCUGCGGCCGCAGGCGCAGGGCGGCGAGUACGGGCUGAACGAGGGCACGUCCUUUGCGUCCCCGGCCGUCGCGGCCAUGGCGGCUUUGAUACUGGGGUAUGCGCUGCAGCACAUUUUCAAGCAGGAGAGGAUGGAUGCCAAGAAUAUCUAUGGGGUUAAUCUCGACGACCUGCGGGAGCUUGGUGGGAUGAAGAAGGUGCUGAAUCGUAUCAGUAAAAAAGACGAGGCGAGGAACUACUCAUAUAUACACCCUAAACUUCUUUGGAAUGGCAUUAGUCCGAAGCUUGAGGAGGACGCCGGCAGGGUUCGGCAGUAUGCCUGGGAUAUUCUGGUAGAGUCUCUUCUGUGAGGCCCUAAGCUGGUACAAGUUCGCAGCCAGAAGCUCAUCUUAAUUAAUGUCGGAUAAAAUUAAUAUAGAAUGCCUAGGUACCUAGGUAGGCUGCA